GUUCGCAACGAUGAUGCUUGUCGGACUCCUGACGACGACGCUCGCGGUCCUCGUCGUUGGAAAUCCCUUCCUCGAUGCAGUGCAAGAGAUGUCAUGCUGUUCUUUGGCGGCCGGAUCUUGUCGCAGUGUCUGCUCCAAGAUCUCUCUGGUCACACUGGGCGCGGACUCGGAGGCAAGGGAGAACGCGACACAACGGCUGCAGGAGUUCUGUUCCCUCGAGCUGACGGAAUUCUGGGGCUGCGCCAAUUCGACUUUAAACGAGGUCAGAAAACAUGGUAAUUGGACGGGAAGGGGUUGCUGUUACCUGGCGGUGAAUCCCACCUGUCGAUCCGCGUGCGCUCUGUCCGGAUCUAGAAGACAUCUGAACGAUUCCUGCAGACCGAGCGACGAGCCCGAGUUUUUCUCGUGUCUGGAAAAGCGCGAGGAUGCAGAACAUUGCUGCAGCAACGUGUCAAACGACACGUGCAGAUCCAUAUGUCGGGAUCUGUUCUACAAACCCGGGAAAAUUUCGAAUCUGAAGCUGUACAGCAGCAAGGGUUGCUUCCAUCAGGUACCAAAGUGCUUGAAGAACGUGGCCGAGGUGAAACACGCGGAGGAUCCUAAACAACAUUUACAUUGUUGCAACGAAGCCACCACACCAGCUUGCUUGGAUACCUGCAAACGGAUUCUUCGUACCGCGACAACCGAUCAAGAGAUUAUGGACGCCCUGACGGAGAAAUGUAAGCCGGUGUUGCCUCAGUCGCCGUUUUGGAGUUGUCUACUUAAAUCCGGAUCUGCGAAACCAGCUAGGCUACCGCUGGACGCGGGAAAAUUGUCCUGUUGCACGAAAGCAACGAAACCAUCGUGUCAGAAUUUAUGUUGGAGGGCGUUUCAGGCUGACUGGGAAUCCGCUUGGGUUCAGCUGGACACCGAAUGCCUGUCCUCGAGCUUAGAGGGCGAGCUGAGAAGGUGUCUGGAGGACACCGAGGAGCCCUGCGAGAUGGGCUGCUCGGGACUGUCCUAUUGCGCUCAAUUCACUGUACCCCGCUAUGUUCCUUAUUGUUCAUUCCUCGCCCCUAGAACAUGCUCAGCAGUGGCAGACGAGGCAGCCAAAUGGGAGGCCGACCACUGGGCCAGAGGUGGAUUCGUUCGAGGUUUAGGCGUACCAGUCCGUGCAGCUGCGUCUUGUCCGCCGGCAACAUUGCGGGCGGCUGCGUGUCUAUUGCAGUUAAAACCCUGCGAAGCCAGAAUUCACGAGACCAGACUCUGCCGAGAGGACUGUCUGGAGUUGAUGGCAAGUUGCGUGGACUGGACGGCGAUUACUGGGCCUCACACCGCGCACACCCUCUGCGCAAAACUGUCACCACCAAGAUCAGACUCUCCGUGUGUUUCUUUGAGGCCGUUCCUGGAGGAGCCGCAGGAUAACGAGUCGGUGAUCCACCUCGAGGAGGACAUCAUGACACCGUGCAAAAGCAAUCCUUGCGCCCUGGGCGAGAUCUGCGAGGUGCUCCCGUACGGUCGACAGGUCUACCGUUGUGUACCAGGUUGUACCUUGGGUGAAAUGUCGAAGCAAUUAGUACCAGUCGGCUCCUGGGUCCAGAUCCCUCGGUACGAUCAACAGGGCUGCCUACGGAUCUGCCAAUGUACCCUGCGCGGUCUAGAAAAGUGUCGUACCUUGAACUGCAACAAGCUCAACUCCUGCUGGGUGCACGAUCGUCUGAUCGCUCACAAAGCUAACUUCUAUCUGGAAUGCAACCCGUGUCAUUGCUUCGAGGGCGAGUUCACGUGUUCGAAACGAAGCUGCAGCGAGGUACGAAUCCCUUCGUUGCCAUGCGACUGUCCGCCCCAUUACGUUCCUGUCUGCGGACGGUUGGGCUUCACGUUCGCCUCCGGUUGCCUGGCGAAGUGCGCCGAGCUGUCGCCGAACGAGGUCGAGUUCGGUAGCUGCUCGUCACGCGACCCAUGCGCGUCGAAUCCUUGCGACAGUACCGAAAGGUGCAUCCGUAGGAUCAGGAUAUGCCUGUCCAGGCUGCACAAGCCUUGUCGUCAAUACGAAUGCGUUCCUCUGGACUGUGAUCCACGGGACGAGUCUGGUGGGCCGGUUUGCGACAAGGAGAACCGUCAACAUCGAUCAGCCUGUGCCAUGAUCCGAGCUGGCGCCAGUUUGGGCUACCUGGGACGUUGCUUGGAGGGAUGCAGCUUGAGAGGCCCAGUGUGCGGCAUCAACGGCGAGGUGUACACUAACGAGUGCGUCGCCUGGGCGGAGAGGACAGUGGUCGACUACUUUGGACCUUGCAUGGCCAUUGGAUUGAUCGGUGAUCUAGCCUUGCCACGUUGCCCCGAUCUGGUCGAGUGUCCGAAACUGAUAGAGCCCUAUUGCGUCGGCGUCACUCCGCCAGGUGCCUGUUGUCCCGUCUGCGGAGGAGCGGCUAAACUGUUCUACUCGAAGAAACAGGUGGACAGAAUAUAUUACAUAAUGGACGAAGACGCGGACAAGGAUUCCGUCACCCUGGACGCCCUGUUGACCGCUCUGGAAAGGCAGAUUCAGGUGGCGCAGUGCGCUCUUCGGGGGAUGAUGACGCCCGAUCGUGAUAUAUUCGUCAUCGUGCAACCCACGUCCAAGAGGCCCUCGGCCCUCCAGCUGCGGGCCUGCGUGACCGAGACCGAGAAAUUAGUUACCAGAAUAUUGGAGAGGAGUCCUAGAAUCGCGGCCGAGGUUCCUCUGGGCGCGCUCACCAGAGCGGAGAUCGCUCAUAAUUACAUAUCCUGUGCCAUCACUGUUGGAGGAUGCCUCGUGAACAUCUUUCUCGGGCUCGUUGUUCAUACGAUCUUCUCGUGAGGACUGGAACGGAGAGAGAGAAAGAGAGAAAAAGAUAGGAAAAUGAAAAUUGUCACUGGUUGCGGCAUAGAUCAUUGAUUCGAGGCGCGACUACCGCAACGAGAGACGAUACAGAAGAUCUCUUUGAUCGUAUUUUCGAAAGGUGCUAAGCAUUUCGUUUACCUACAGGCGUCGUCCGUCGCGACGACGCCGAUUUCAUGACUGUGAUUCUUCUAGUGCCUACGUAAUAUACAUGGAAAGAAUAUAAUAUUGUAUUUUCGUCGAUGUUUUCAUAUUGCCAAAGAAAUGGGAGCAGGUGGAACGUGUACAAAAAAAAAAAGGAUGAUCGCUCGUCUACUUUCGAGUGGUCACGCUGGGUUUGUAAAUAAAGUCCCUCCUAACUUAUGGUUACCAAACAACGUGUCCGCCGUGUCUCCCGCUGUAUUCUUCGCAGAUAGUCGAUCGAAAAUACUCCCGGCGGCUUUGUUUGAAAUUUCACGGUGCUGAACACAGAGCGGAAUAACCUUUAUCGAUCCCGAUAACCCGAAUCGUCGCAGACAGGGUUAGUUCGCGGGAAAAUUUCGGAUCGCUCGUAGAAAGAUUAUUGGCAGGAUCGAUACUUCCGUAAGCGUUAAGUAUACUUCGUUAUUGUACCGUUAAAUAGAAAGUGUUUUGUAUAGUCAUUUGUAAGUUUAAUAAUAAAUCUCUAAUUUUACUCGUA